UUUUCGAUUGUAAUUAAUAUUCAACAAAAUAUUAUUUUUGUUAAAUUAGCGAUAGUGCUUUAAUAAGAAUAAUUAAUGAGUAUGGAGGAAUCUUUGAACAAUAAAGACGAGAGGUUAUGCGGAAUAUGUGCAACAACCAAAAGUAAAUAUUGCUGUCCGCGAUGUGAGAUAUUUUAUUGCUCACUCGAUUGUUAUAAAUCAGAGAAACAUUUAGAUUGCUCGGAGAGUUUUUACAGAGAUUGUGUUAAUGAAGAGCUCUCUUCAUAUCAUGCGGGAGACGAAGCGAAGCGUAGAAUGAUCGAUAUUCUCAAAAAAGCUCAAAACGAAGACAUAGAUGAAGAAGAAUUAGUAGGAAAUGAAAUUGAUGAAAGUAUUGACUCUGACGAUGAUAUAGAAAUCGAUUUGCACGAACGUAUUAAAGAUUUAGACCUUAACGAUGCAGAUGCAUUAUGGAAUGUGCUCACAGAAGAUGAGAGAAAUGAAUUUGAGGCAGUGGUAAGAGGUGAUGUGGGUUCAGUUUUACCACAAUGGGAACCAUGGUGGAUGUACAAACAAGAGGCAAGGCUUGUAGAGGAAGUACCAAGUUCAGGAGAUGAUGAGCAUUUAAAAAAGUGUCCAUGUCUCAAAUCUGUGCCUAAGUUUACUACAAUAACUAAUGUGAAACCAUCACCCGCCAUAUCUUUUAACAUCACAAAUGUGGUAGCAUCAUAUGUAUUUAUUAUGAGGUAUUUCAAUGGAGAGAUUGAUGCUUUGGAAACCAUUACACACAUAUUGGACAUCUGUCAGAAUCUGUCAUCAAACACUAACUUUAAUGAGUUAGAUACUGCUAUAGAGUCAGUAGCACAGAAAUGUUUACAGAGUGAACUAAUAGAGACUGACGAAGUGAGUCUAGAAGUUAUGAAACAUGAUACAUUUUUAAUAUUAAAAGGACCAAGUCCAGAUAAUAAUGCAUACUAUUGUAAAGCAGCUCUCUCACAUCUUUUAGAAAUAUUUGAUCAAGCAAAAUCACAAUUAAAAACCGUCACAAAAGAAAAUGCUACAAAAUCUGAAGGAAUAUUCUCGAAGAAAUUCCCCGAAAACAUGAAUUAUUUACCAAAGUUAGAUAUAAGUAAGGUUAAGAGAAACAUUAAAAAGAUUGAGUUUUAUUUAUCAUUUAUAGAAUAG